AUGUAGCCUAUAUAAAGGGUUCUGUUUACAACAGAAUCAGGUAGUUGAGAGUCUUUGUUUUAGUAUUUAGUAUCACGUCAGGAUGUCCCGUUUGUGUUAUAUUUUGGCGUAUUUUUCAUAACAGUUCGAUUAAAUAUAUCAUAUAAGAAGGGGCGAACUUUUCAACAGUUUUUUUUUUCUAAUAUUUUUUUCCCCCCUUUGUUUUUCCUUUACUCAUAACAGAAGACAUAGGCCGCAUCUGGAAGCUUCUGUUAAAGAAAUUGUGCUCCAGGCCACAACUGUUUUGUAGAGGUGUUGAGCACGCCAUAGAAAGCUAGAUCACCCAUAAGUUUAAGGAGCGUGUCUGGUAAAGGUGGUAGCCAUGGUGUUGAUUUUGGGAAGAAGAGUAAACAACAUCAACUCAGGCACCAAAGAGUCGCCGGUUGUCAAACGCAAGGUAAUGCCAGUUGAAUACAAAAUAGGCGAGAUCUUUGACUUCUGCUCUGGUGCAUCACAUUCAGAGGAGAUUCUUAAGGUGUUCAAUGAGUUUCGUGACUGCCGCCUUUUUACUGAUGUGAUCAUCAGUGUGCAGGGACGCGAGUUUCCCUGCCACCGUGCUGUUCUUUGUGCCUGCUCCUCCUACUUCAAAGCCAUGUUCUGCAAUGAUCACCGUGAGAGCCGAGAAAUGCUAGUUGAAAUCAACGGGAUUGUGGCCGAAGCGAUGGAGUCCUUCCUCAACUAUGUUUACACUGGCCGGGCCAGGAUCACCACUGAGAAUGUCCAGUCCCUCUUUGAAACCGCCAACCUCUUCCAGAUCACUACACUUAGGGAUGCUUGUGCAAAGUUCCUGGAAGACCAGCUGGACCCAUGCAACUGUCUUGGCAUCCAACGCUUUGCAGAUGCUCACUCUCUCAAGCAGCUUGCCAGCCAAUGCAAGACUUACGCGCUAGCCAACUUCACAGAGGUGUCACACCAUGAGGAGUUCCUUGACCUACGCCUUGAAGAGCUGAAAGACUAUAUUUGCAGAGAAGACCUGUCUGUCAGUAAGGAGGAGAUGGUGUUUGAGGCAGUUAUGAGAUGGGUGUACCACAAUGUGGAACUGAGACGACCCAUGCUGAAGAGUUUGCUGCAGCACGUUCGGUUGCCCCUGCUUCACCCCAAUUACUUCGUCCAGACAGUGGAGGGAGACGAGCUCAUCCAGAAUGCUCCAGAAUGCUACCAACUUCUCCACGAGGCUAGGCGCUACCAUGUCCUUGGAAAUGAAAUGAUGUCACCCAGAACCCGCCCACGCAGGUCAACUGGCUUCUCAGAGGUGAUUGUUGUGGUUGGGGGUUGUGAGCGAGUGGGGGGCUUCAACCUGCCCUACAAUGAUUGCUAUGAUCCAGUAACAGGAGAAUGGAAGUCGCUCUCAAAACUGCCUGAGUUCACCAAGUCAGAGUACGCCGUCUGUGCCUUGCGCAAUGACAUCUUAGUGUCUGGAGGCCGGAUUAACAGCAGGGAUGUGUGGCUGUAUAACUCCCAGCUCAACCUUUGGAUCAAAGUGGCUUCUCUUGUCAAAGGCCGCUGGAGACACAAGAUGGGUGUCCUGCUUGGCAAGGUCUAUGCUGUUGGUGGAUAUGACGGGCAGAGCCGCCUGAGCAGUGUGGAGUGCUACGAUUCCUUCUCAAACCGCUGGACAGAAGUAGCUCCAAUGAAAGAGGCUGUCAGUUCUCCAGCUGUGGCCAGCUGCAGCGGCAAGCUCUAUGUUAUCGGAGGAGGGCCAGAUGAUGAAACCUGUUCAGACAAGGUUCAGUGCUACGAUCCAGAAUCUAACAGCUGGUCACUCCGUGCCAGCAUCCCCAUCGCUAAGCGUUGCAUCACAGCAGUGUCCCUAAACAGCAUGAUCUACGUCUGCGGUGGCCUUACGGAGUCCAUUUACUGCUACGACCCGGCACAAGACUACUGGAUGCUUGUGGGCCAGACCUCUUCCAAACAGGAGAGUUGUGGCAUGUCUGUAGUUAACGGAAAGAUCUAUAUCCUCGGUGGCCAAGGGGAAAAUGGUGAAGCCACGGAUAAAAUCCUAUGUUACGACCCAUCAACAGGAGACCUGACAGGAGAGCGAGGCAUGCCCCGGCCAAUAUGCUACCACGGAUGUGUAACCAUCCACCGCUAUUUUGAAAAAAAUAAGCCAUGACUCUAAACGCAGAAACUCAGACAAGCAACAUGUGACACACUAAGAUAGCCAAACUGUACUUAGACAUCUACAUCUAUUAAACAGCACACAUACUGUAUAAAUGAGUCUAAAUCAAAAAUUAUUUCUUUACAUCUUUUUGUAGCAGUGCUCUCUGUAGUACUCUGAAUCCUGAAUGCUGAUCUGAACUUUUUUUUUUUUUUUUUCAAAAGCACACUAAGAUAUACCCUAUUAAAAGGUUCCUGGUGUUUAAAUACAUCAGAACACACCCCAGCACUGAUUACAAAUAUCUAUUUAAAUAAAAAUUUACUGUUUUUUUAGUCUUCAGUUUGUAUAUGAGCCGAAAUGUGGGCGACAGUCAACCAGCUGUGCUGCACCAGUAUCAGAUGUCCUCCAUAGAAGCUCUAAAGAGAAGCCCCACCAAAUUAUUAAACACUGGUCACUGAUGGCUACACUUUAUUUCAGUUUUCUAAUCCCACUUCACUUUGUGUCCCUUCACCUGAUCCACUGUGUUUCAUCAACUCAGUUUAUUUUCAUCAGUACCGUUUGUGUUCUCUAUUAUGAUCAUUUUUUUAUAUAUUCCUUUAAUUUAUACUUGUUUUUUGAUUCUUUUUUUAUAAGAGCAUGUUAUAUUGUUUGGUGUGUCUGAUUAGUAUUACUGUUAGCUUAUUGGUGUACAGGGCAUGUGGGUGGGUUUUCGUUAGGAACCUUUUUUGAACAACCUCAAGGAUUGCUCUGAUUGGCUGAUGUGUGAGUGAGUGAUAGGUUUGGAUGUUUGACUGAUGUUAUGACUCAGACAGGGCGGAUGAGUUGGAGCCAAGCAGGUUUGUCAUCACGUUGUAGCGCCACAACCCCACGCUCUUUUUUUAAGGCUGGCUUCUCUCACUUAAGCAUUGACAUGCAGGGACGUUAGUCUGGGUAACCUUGGAUGGAUGGGUCAUUGCCUGGUUAGGGUGUGCUGCGUUAGUAUACCUCACACAUAGGGUUAAGAGUUCAUGCUAAGGAUUUAAAACUCUGAAGCUGUCUAUGACCUUUUUAUACAAAUCUGUAGCGGUAAAACAGAGAAAUUGCUGUGAAUAUAACUAUUGUUUUCCGUUUUGUAUGUAGAUGAUGUUUUUGUUGCAUAUUGUGUUUCUAUAACAGCCCCAAUUGUGCACUUUGACAAAACCUUUUUAAAUCUAGAGAGAUAUUGGUUUCUGUUUUUUUUUUAAAAACAGAUUUUUGCUUUCAUGGAAAAUGCCUUUUAUGGUUUGAGGUUUUUAAAAAAUGACAACAACUUUGGAGAGUUUCUUACCUUUUUAUCCACUACAACAAUUUAUGAAGUUAUUACCAUUAGAGAUGCAAAACUUACAGAUUGACAUCAAAAGGUUGCACUUGUUUUUAUUUUCAAAAUUAAAAGAAGCUGGUUGGGGUUAUUUGUCUUUACAGAUAUAUUUCAAGACAGCUUUACUCGGUGUUAGUCCAUAAGGUGAUCUUUUUGAUGAUUUUCCUCUUCUCCGAUUGUUAAGUAACAUGUUAUCUCAAACGGCCGACUGGAAGGUUAAAGGUUGAGGGCAGAAUGAUGCUACAAACGAUGAGUAAAAAAGAACAAGAGACGUUAGAUGUGCCUGUAUUUGAGAUUUUACUGAGUAUUUACCCAAACAUGGGACCUAUAUCGUGAUUUAUUGGUUUUGCAAUUGACUUUCAGUUAUUACCUGCUUGUAAUGAGCCUUUUUACUAUCAUGUCGUUUAAUCAGUUAUUUUCUUCUUGUAAAGUGGUGUGGCUUUGUGUUGUUAGUAUGCAGUCAUUCCAACAGGUUAAAUGAUUUAUUUGAUAAUAGUGACUGGAAGUGAUGUGCAAAAAAUUAAAAUUGAUUAACCAUUAAUUAUAAAUCCAGAUAUCAACCAAAGUUAAUUGAUUUUGUCCCAGUUAAUAUUUGUUGGAACAUAAUUGAUUGUGCCUGAAUGCAAGAUGAAAGCUUUAACGUGAUAUAUUUUGUGCAGUAUGCCUUAAAAAAACACAAAAAUGUAAUGACAGGUCUCUACUAAUGGGCCUUUUUGAUAUGUUUAUUGUAUGCAUGAUGUAAGGCAAACACAGUUUGGAUUCUGAUGAACUAUCCUAUACUGUAAGAGAAACAUCAAUAAACUCUCUCUAUCAAUA